AUGCAAUUGCUUCAUUAUAAGCUCUUGUCUUUUAAUAGUUCAUAUUUAUUAUAUGGACAUCCUUUAGUAUUUAUUAUUUCAGAUUAUUAUAUGAGACAUAAAUCUCAAACAAAUAAAUCAUUGAUGCCCCCAAGUAUAUUCAAAGUGGAUAAAGCAUAUUUUGAGUUACGUCUGAAGAAAUUUGAUUCCAUUUCAAUUAUAUAUAAUUUGUUAAUACAAAUAAAUAUACCAAAACAAAUAUAUUUUUUUAUAUUAUUAAGACUAAAUAUUUAUUUUUUUAAAGGAAUUGUUUUUGAAGAUCCAAUUUUUUUACGUCAAAUAGCAUCUUUAUAUAAUCAUUUUCCAAUUACUCAAAAUAAUGAUUUUCAAGAGCUUAAACAGAAAAUAAUUACACCCUUCUUAUAA